AAAAACUUGGAAGCACUGGACAUCCGCUUUGUCAUAUCAUGGGUCUCCUCAGCAAUGCACGUCCACAAUUCUGCACUUUUUUGAGUUUAAUGUCCAGCGAUUAUCAUUCAGAUCAAGUUUUCGUUUCUAUUGAGUUGGUAUAUUUGUAACUUUCAAGUCUUUUAUUUUGGGCACUUAACACUUAAGAAGUUACAUUUGGAUAUUGACCGUUUGACGGCUGUCCCCCGCGUUUUCUGAGGUCUUGCACGCAAUACUGUUUCCUAGUGAGUCAAGAUGCAGAUUUUCGUGAAGACACUUACUGGAAAAACUAUAACUCUAGAAGUUGAGCCUGCUGAUACAAUAGAAGCAGUUAAGGCGAAAAUCCAAGAUAAAGAAGGCAUCCCACCAGACCAACAACGUUUAAUUUUUGCUGGCAAACAACUGGAAGAUGGACGAACUCUUUCCGACUACAAUAUACAGAAGGAAUCAACACUCCAUCUUGUCCUUCGUCUUCGUGGUGGUAUAAUCGAGCCUACCUUAAAGGCAUUAGCUCAAAAAUAUAACUGUGAAAAGAUGAUCUGUCGAAAAUGUUACGCACGUUUGCAUCCGAAGGCCACUAAUUGCCGCAAAAGGAAGUGUGGUCACACAAGUAAUGUAAGACCCAAGAAAAAACUUCGUUAAGCCCUAAUUAAAGCGAAUAAAUUUUGUAUGG